AUGCCGACGCCGACCACCGUCGCGACGUCAUCGCGCGACUCGACGACGUUCGACAUGUUCGCCGCCGUCCCCGUCGCCAACCUGCGCGCGUUGAAGCCGAACGCGCUCAACAACACCUCCGCCACGCUCCCGCGCUCGAGCGGACGCGUCGGAUUGGUCGUCGAGGCGAACAAGCGCGCGAACAAGACCACGAAGGCGGUGCUCCUCAAGACGUCGGACGCCGGCAAGGAGGGCGACAUGGUUGAGGUCUCCAACGGCUUCUUCCGCUCCUACCUCGAGCCGCAAGGUCUCGCGACCAAGGUGAGCGCGGAGUUGAUGGCUGAAUUCGAGAAGAAGGCUGCGGAAGCGGCCGCCGCCAAGGCGAAGGAGAUCGCCGACGCCAAGGCGCUCUGCACGGCGCUCACCACCAUCGGCAAGUUCACGGUGAAGAAGACUGUUGGGGAGGAUGACAAGAUCUUCGGCUCGGUCACCGCGGCUGAUGUCGUCGAGGCAAUCAAGGCUCAAACCGGCAAGGAGUUGGAGAAGUCUGCGUUCGCCGUCCCGGAUGUCUCCACCACGGGCGUCUACGAGGUCGUCGCGCAGUUCCACAAGUCUGCCAGGUGCACGUUCAAGGUGGAGGUGCAAAAGGCUUAA